CAGAUUUUGAAGUUUCCCGGAGUGCUGUGGCCCCGACCUGCGCAGGAUGGACCCUGUUGUUCUCAGUUACAUGGACAGUUUGCUGAGGCAGUCAGAUGUUGCCUUGCUGGAGCCCCCAAACUGGCUUAACGAUCACAUCAUCGGGUUUGCCUUUGAGUACUUUGCCAACCACCAGUUCCAAGAAUUUAGUGAUCAGGUUUGUUUUAUCAGCCCCGAAGUGGCUCAGUUCAUUAAAUGUGCCCUUAGUCAGGAAGAAAUAGCCAUAUUCCUUCAACCGCUGGACCUUCUCCACAAGAAGCUGGUGUUCUUGCCUAUCAAUGACAACUCCAGCCAGGUUGCUGGGGGCACCCACUGGAGCUUACUGGUUUAUUUCAGGGACAAAAAGUGCUUCGCCCAUUACGAUUCCCACAGUAAAUGCAACUCUGUCCACGCCAAGCAAGUGGCAGGGAAGCUGGAGGCCUUCUUAGGCAAAAGAGGGGGUAAAGCAACAUUCGUGGAGGAGAAGGCACCUGCCCAGCAGAACAGCUAUGACUGUGGGAUGUACGUCAUCUGCAACACGGAGGUUCUGUGUCAGGGAUACUUCAGGGACCGCCCGGAGCCUUUGCUGCAGCUCCUCACUCCCUCCUACAUCACUCAGAAGAGAUCGGAGUGGAAAGCUCUCAUCACGAAUCUGGCGCAGAAGUGAUCAAGAUGCAGCUCCAGCGCCCCCAAAAACUGCCUUCCCUGGCCGCCAGGCAGCACCCCCAGUGCCUGAGGGAGAUGCCCAUGUGCGGGAUUGUCCCAAAGAAGAAGAACCUAACCCCUCCAGCAUGGCUACACCCCCCAAACACCCUGUUCCCUCCUAGAAAAGCCUUAGUCCCCUCUGGAAAUC